CUAUUAAUCUUGGCAGAUAAAUAAGACUCUUAAUUACCUCAAUCAAUUUUAUGACUUGAAUUUAUGAUACUAUAUAUACAAUAAAAUUGUCCCCGUUGUCCUAAAUUGUGCACACUGUACAGAAGCGGACAAAAUGUCGUCAACGAUCGAGUCACAUUUUCCGAAAAUAUGGUGCUUGUUGUGUUGUGUACUGGGUCUACUCUUAUUUAAAAAUGUGGAGGCAGAAACAAUUCAGACUAUACAGAAGGAAUACUUCUCGUGGCGAAUGGAAAAUGAACCAGAAUAUGGGACCUACUUAGGGAGAUAUGCCUUCAAUGACCGUGUAUAUUCCUAUAACAUAUCGAUGUUUGAAGUCAGAAGGAACAAAACGCAAGAAUUUCUGAAACGAUUAAACGCCAUAAGUUCCAACAUUACAUCUUCAGAGAGAAUCAAUUUUCUCAUUCUGAAAGACACAUUUGAGACGUACAUCAAUGGAUCCAAAUGGGCUUGGUACGGGGCACUUAAUCCAAUGAACUUUCUAGAAGGAGCACAGUUAUAUACAAGUGCUGUUAAAGCGUCGACCAACUCCAGAGGGGAUUUUGAAAACUAUAUUGCUAGACUUAAUGCCAUCCCGCAUCAGCUGGAAGAAGUAAAAGAAAGUUUCCGAGAGGCUAUCAGAUUGAACAGAACAUAUCAUAAUGUUUCAAUAGCUAGCGUUCCGGCUAUGAUAGAUCAGCUUAUAGUGGAUCCACUGCAAUCUCGUUUUUACUCUCCAUUCAACAACUCCUUGUCAAAUGCUGCUAAUAUACCAGAAUCUGAAAAAUCAGGAAUAAGAGAAAGGGGACUUCAAGCUGUAAACAUGACAAUUGAAGCAUACAGAAGUGUUAAAGAUUUCAUCAUCAAUGAAUACUUUCCCAACACGAGGACACAUUAUGGUGUCAACAGUUUUCAAAAUGGAUCAGAGUACUAUCGAGCUUGCUUAAAGUGGCACCUGUCUUUUGAUAUGAGCCCUGAAGAAGUUUAUAGAGUUGGAGAGCAAGAAGUUGGAAGGAUUCACCAAGAAAUGAAAAUGACUAUGAGAAGGCUAAAUCAUAACGGAACGGUUAAAGAAUUUUUUAACAGCCUCGUGAACAACUCCAACUUUUAUUCUAACGAUUCUGACAAAAUUAUUGAUGAGUACAAAAAAAUCGUGUUCGAAAGAAUCAACCCAAAGUUACCGGAGUUUUUUAAGGACAUACCAGAUGUACCUUUAGAAAUAAGGAAGAUGAGUUACGAUGGACCAGGAGGAGGCUACUCUUCUGCAACAGAGGAAUAUCCAGGUGUUUUCUCCGUCAAUCUUUUCCGACCAUUAGAAAAUCCCUUUUUUGACUUUAUGGCACUGAGUCUGCACGAGGCAAAUCCAGGUCAUCAUUUACAGCACAGUUACGCUAUGCUGGCAGAUCUUCCAGACUACCGACGACACACACCUUUGUCCUUUUAUGACGUUCCUGUGUGGUUUCCGUGGUACUCUGCUUACUCUGAGGGAUGGGCACUAUAUUCUGAGUAUCUUGGAGUAGAAAUGGGACUAUACCAGGAUGAUUAUGAGUUAAUGGGUCGCUAUAGCGCUGAGAUACUUCGGGCCUGUAGACUUGUGGUUGACACGGGAUUACAUUACUACAAUUGGGAUAAGCAGAGAGCAAUUGAUUACAUGUUAAAUUACACCGCGUACUCCUUUGAAGCUACCGAAAUAGAGGUUAACAGGUAUAUCACGUGGCCAGGUCAAGCUUGCGCGUAUAAAAUUGGAGAAAUUAAGAUGAAGGAACUUCGGAAAAAGGCAGAAACAGAAUUAGGUACAGGUUUCGACAUCCGCGAUUUUCACUCACUGAUUCUUACUAACGGUGCUGUACCCAUGUCCGUUUUAGAAAUGUUAGUAAAUGAAUGGAUCGAGGAAGUCAAAACAAGACCUGUCCUAUCUGGGGGUUCUCUUGUCACUGGAAGUCAUAAAUGGCAGAUUUUCUCACUCCUUUUUCUCUUUAUUAUACUUCAGUGAUUAUUUCUUAGGAACGAAAAUCAACUUUUAAAUUUAUAUAAGUCCAUUUCUUCUAGAUUUAGUAAAAAAUGAUAUAUUUUAUCUUUGUGUAUUAUAUAUUCUAUGUUAUCAUCACGAAAAUAAAAAAAAAAUCGCAAAGAUUGAUAUUUCGGUUGAAUUUAUGAACAUAAGACUUUUAAUUAAAACCUACCUGAAAUGUAAACGUUGCGUUUAGUGUGAUGUUUGCAUCAUAGCUUUAUGUGACAUCCAAGAAUGUUUGUUUGUACUGCUAACCAUUCUACAAACUUUUUUUCUCAUGUACCAAUCUCACACACAUCUCUCACACACAAUUUUAUUUUCUCUUCUCACAGUUAUACAUUAAUUGUAUUUAUUUAGUCGGUCAACCCUGGCAACAUUAAUUUAAAAAAAAAAUUUUUAGAUAAAAAAAGUGCAAACCCAUUUAACAUUAAUGAAAUUGAAACAUUCUUUGUAUGGGAUGGAUUUUUAAACAUUUGAAUAAGCAAUAUAGAUUAUCUAAUUUAGCAUGAAAAAAUAUGAUAAAGAUUUUUAAAAAGACGAAUAGCAAUUUUUUUUAUAACAAGUCUUAACAUGAUAUAUACAAACUGAAUUUUGCAGCGCAAUUGGUUAUUACAUUU